AUGUUCCUAAGGAACAAGUUCCAAGUUCAGAUUCCGGAUUUAGGGAAGGAAGACUUUGUUUCUAAGGAAGAGGUUCCUAAGGAAGAGGGAAGGAAGACUUUGUUCCUAGGGAGCAAGUUUCUAUGGUUGAUGUUCCUAAGGAACAGAUUGCAUGUUCAGAUUCCGGGUUUAGGAUGGAAGACUUUCUUCCUAAGGAAGAUAUUCCAAAGCGAAGUGUUCCUAAGGAGCAGGUUGCAAGUUCAGGGUUCCGGCUUUAGGGUGUAG